AUGGAGGAACGCGGGUCUCCCGAUGGGGACCCCGCGUGGAGCCUGGAGCAGGGGGCAGAGGGGCCAGAAACGCCCAUCCAAGUGGUGCUCAGGGUGCGUCCCAUGAGCGCAGCGGAAUUGCGACGAGGCGAGCAGAGCGCGCUGCACUGCUCAGGGACUCGGACCCUGCAGGUGAGCCCCCCGGGCGGGGGCCCCGACGUGGCCUUCCGCUUCGGCGCCGUGCUGGACGGGGCGCGCACGCAGGAGGACGUGUUCCGGGCGUGCGGCGUGCGUCGCCUGGCAGAGCUGGCGCUGCGCGGCUUCUCCUGCACAGUCUUCACCUUCGGCCAGACAGGAUCCGGGAAGACCUACACCUUGACCGGACCCCCUCCCCAGGGGGAAGGGGUGCCCGUGCCCCCCAGCCUGGCCGGCAUCAUGCAGAGGACCUUCGCCUGGCUGUUAGACCGAGUGCAGCACCUAGGUGCCCCUGUCACCCUCCACGCCUCCUACCUGGAGAUCUACAAUGAGCAGGUUCGGGACUUGCUGAGCCUGGGGUCUUCCCGGCCCCUCCUGGUGCGCUGGAACAAGACCAGGGGCUUCUACGUGGAGCAGCUGCGGGUGGUGGAGUUUGGGAGUCUGGAGGCCCUGAUGGAGCUUCUGCAGAUGGGUCUAAGCCGUAGAAGGAGCUCUGCUCACACCCUGAACCAGGCCUCCAGCAGAAGUCACGCCCUGCUCACGCUCUAUGUCAGCCGCCCAGCUUCCCAGCAGAUGCCUUCAGUGGACCCCAGAGAGCCCCCUGUUGGUGGGAAACUGUGCUUCGUAGACUUGGCGGGCAGUGAGAAGGUGGCAGCCACAGGAUCCCGUGGGGAGCUUAUGCUGGAGGCCAACAGCAUCAACCGCAGCCUGCUGGCCCUGGGUCACUGCCUCUCCCUGCUGCUGGACCCACAGCGGAAGCAAAGCCACAUUCCUUUCCGGGACAGCAAGCUCACCAAGUUGCUAGCAGACUCACUGGGGGGGCGUGGGGUCACUCUCAUGGUGGCCUGUGUGUCCCCUUCAGCCCAGUGCCUCCCUGAGACGCUCAGCACCCUGAGAUAUGCAAGCCGAGCUCAGCGCGUCACCACCCGGCCACAGGGCCCCAAGUCCCCCGGGGCAAAGCAACCCCAGCGUGUGGAGGUCGAGGUGCUGCAGCUCCGGGAGGAGAACCGUCGCUUGCGGCUCCAGCUGGACAGAGUGGAUCCCAAGGCCCCCGGGCUCCAUGGGGCCCGGAUGGCCUGGGCCCAGCGGAACCUCUACGCGAUGCUGCAUGAGUUCAUGCUGGAGAAUGAGAGGCUCAGGAAAGAGGUGAGCCAGCUGCAGGGUAGCCGAGACCUGGCCCAGGAUGGGCAGCGCGUCCUGGCCCAGCAGGUCCAUGAGCUGGAAAGGCGCCUCCUCUCUGCCUGCUCACUUCACCAGCCAGCACCUGCCCCACCAUGCCCCUGCUUGAUGAUGCCAGCUGCCCCCUGCCAUGCACUGCCACCCCUCUGCUCUUGUCCCUGCUGCCACCUGUGCCCUCUGUGCCGAGCACCCCUAACCCGCUGGGCCUGCCUACGGCGGGAGUGCCACCUGCCACAGGUGCUGGACCCUGAGGCCCAUGGUGGCAUGCUCCUGUCUGCCCGGCCGCCACCCUGGGCUCCCCCACGAAGCCCAGGUUCUGCCAAGUGCCCAAAAGAGAAGAAUCACAGUGACUGGACCCAGACUCAAGUCCUAGCUGAGAUGCUGACUGAGGAGGAAGUAGUCCCUUCUGCUCCCCCGCUGCCCAUGGGGUCCCCAAGUGCACCACCUGUGCUGAGAGAUGGGGUGGGGGUCCCCAAUCUGGCCCAGAGACUGGAGGCCCUCCGGCACCAGAUCGGCAACUCCCUGCGACGGGGCCAGAGCCAGCCACCCCUCAGUGAGGGUGCGAGGAGCCCUGGCCAAGACCGACCUCCCCGCUGA